CAUCCAUAUCACAACACCAACCAUUUAGGAAGUUAUGUUUCCUUAAUCAGUUGGCUAAGAAAUGGUGAUUUUCUGAUAAAAGUAAAUAAAUAAUAAAAUAAUCCACCCGUUUUUGGUUAACAAGGUGGAGUUUCCUCCGGCGAAGUGGAACUAAAUAACCACUUGCUUGUAGAAUCCCGAAAAUGUCCUUACUCCCCGACGAGCUCUGGAGGCGAAUCCUCGAAAUCGGAAUUGAAAAUCGCAGCUUCAACUACAAGACUCUCUGCUGUAUAACCAUCACCUGCCGCCGCCUCGGCCGCCUCUCCGCCGAAGACCCUCUUUGGAACCGCCUUCUCUCCAUUGACUUCCCCCUCAACCACAACGUUUCCCCUUCCUCUCUCCCUUCUUCUUCUUCUGCAAAAUCCAUUUAUAAGUUCAGGUUUGAGAGAGACAAGGAGAGGAGAGUAGCGGCUCAUAGGAGAGCAGUGCUGAGAAAAGAAAGCCAAGUUGCUGAACAUUCUAGAAGGCUUCGUGCCAUUGAGACUCGGAUCAAUCAAGAGACUUCCAAGAUGAGAGAAACUGUUGCAGAGUUGUCCAAUUUGCGCAGGGUCAGGCAAGCUUCUGUGGCUUUGAAUGUUUGGCAACCGGAGGUUGUUCGAGGUAGGCAAAAGCAGAUGGUGGAACAAAGUGUUGUGCCUGCUGAAUCUCGAAUACAUGCGCUUGAAAUGGAACUUAGGCUUUGUAGGCAACAGAUUAUCGGGUUGGAGAUGUCCUAUCAAGAGGAAAAGCGCAGACAUGCUACUGCAAAGGAAGAGUUAGAAUCCAUAAAUUAUCAUCCUGUUCAGGAGUAUAAUGCUGUGACUGCCACGGAAAAUGGGCACAUCAUCAAGCAAAAGAAGUUGAAAAGAUGCAAUAGCUCACAUGAAAAACAAUGUAAAGCUUCAUAGAUGGGAAUAAUUCUUGAAACGAGUACAAGAUGAUUUCAUCGAGAGGCAAAGUUUCAUUGGAUGUGACCAAAAUUUGCGGGGAUUCGAAAUUACCUGGUCCUUUACUUCCAACCAAGAAGGUUGUGCUUUAAUCAAAUCCUCUGCUCAUUGCAUUUUCAUGGAAAGGAAUGCAUUAGCAUGGAUUGUAACUCUGAGGAACUAACUAGCAACCUACUUAAAAGAAAAGAAAAGGAUCUUGGAAUGAUAUCUACUAAGUUAAAGAGUUAGGAUGGCAACUGAGCCACUCAAUUGUAGCAUGUGAACUUCAUGGGAAAAGAAAACCAUGUGAGGUAGAUAGAGUGAAGAAGUAGGAUCAUAUCAUAGGUGGGAACAAUUUGUAUAGUCAUGUGGGUUCAUUUGCUUCUUCUCCCAUGGUUCAGGAACUCAUUAUUCUUCUGUUUGAUUGUAUACUUGUUCUAUUGGUUGUUGUACACCACCUCUCUCAAUUUCUCUGACACACAUCACCUUCACCAAGUCACAAGUCACAUCAGUGUGAGGUGGCAUUAGAACAUACUGUUUUCUUUUCA